GGGAGAAUGGAUUCCAAUACAUAAAAAAGAUGAUCCCUUAUCAAAGGAAAACUACAGACCGGUUACUAUAUUGAUCGCUGUUGAUAAAGUGCUCGAACAGCUUCUAUGCAAGCAACUAUGUGAAUUAACAGAUAAGAUCUUUGAUGAUUUUAUGUCCGCGUAUAGAAAAUCGUAUAGUUGCGAGACCACUCUAAUUCGUCUAGUGGAAGACUGGAAACAUGACCACAAUAAAGCCGUAGGAGUCUUAUCAUCAGAUAUGAGUAAAGCUUUCGAUUCCAUGUAUCCACCAUUGCUGCUCUCCAAACUUCGAGCAUAUGGUAUGUCAAAUAGUUCCUUGGCAAUCCUGGAAUCAUACUUUAAGGAGCGUAAAAACAGG